GAACUUUCCACCCUCUUGUCAAAUGCGAAUCCAGCAACAAUAGCACAUACACACACAGAGUUGCUGCUGCCAGCUCUACUUAAGGGCUGAACCACUUUUUUUCGCACCCGAAGUCAGGCAGCAGGAAAUUAUCGAUUUUCGCAUGAGCGAGUCUACAGCCUAAGAAGAACAAUUCAAGAGAAGAGUUUUAAGAAGAAAAAAAAAACCAAGAAAACGAAUAAAAAAAAAAAGAAAAUCUUUACUGCUACGCGAAAAAUCUGUUUUUUUUCGAGUGGGUGGCGUAAGCAUACUGCCAAGGAUUGAAAUGAUUUUGAGAGUGAACUGAAAGAAAACCCCACAACGAUGUGAAAUAGAGAACUGUGUAAUAAACAAACUCGUAAAUUUGAAAGAAAAAAAAAUCCACAAUUUCCAAUCAGAAAAUAGUGUCGCUCGGGCAGCCUAGAAUCGCAAGAAAGGCCUGCAAAGGAGCCUUUACAUCAUGGCCGACACCGAGUUUGAGGAAUUCCAUCGACCAAUCUUCGAGACCCAUACAAUUCCCUUUGCCAGCAGUGGAGUGAGUGCUGUGAAAAAGCCCAAUCCUCAUACAUUCUACUCCUUAAUACCCAAUGACGACAUUGAGGAUUCGCCUUCGUCGAAAAGUGAUACCUCCGAUCAGGAGGACAAUGUGGACAUAGGCAGCAACAAACACAACAGGCAAGUGGAGGAUGAUGAUGGCCUCAAGGUGGUCUCUCUAUCAUCGGAUGGCUCAUUGGACACCAAUGAUUCCUUCAAUUCCCACCAUCAUCAUCCUCUGAAUCAUCAGGAUGCCAUUGGAGGCUUGGUGGGUAUUGGCUCAAGUAAUUCACACCAUCAGGCCAAUGGAGGUAGCUCUGCAGGUGGCGGUGCGGGUGGUGGUGCUGGCUUGCAUCAACUAUCCACUACUACAACUUCUACACACAACAUGAUGAUCACUGGUCUGAAUAAUCAACAGCAAAGGCGACGCAGGAAGCUACCGGAAAUACCAAAAAAUAAAAAAUCUUCCAUUCUACAUCUUUUAGGUGGCAACAUUAGCGGAGGCGGUGGUGGUAUGGGCAGCGGCAUGGGCUGCGGCAGCUUUGAACAAUCCAAUUUGGCCGAUGAGAUGUCUUCGGGCCGCAAUCGCUCUGCAGAUGGCAGCGUCGGCCAGCAGGGACGACAAAAUCAACGAUCUUUUCUAACGCUCAAACACAGCUACCUUCUGGACGAGGACUCAAGUCCCGAUUCGGAACGUUUGCAAAGUUUAGGUGAUGUGGACAGUGGUCACAGCACUGCCCAUUCGCCCAAUGACUUCAAGAGUAUGUCGCCACAAAUCACAUCCCCCGUUUCGGAGUCACCCAUUCCACAGCCAUUCGGCGGUGUGCCAUUUGCUCAGCUGGAAAUGCUCGAGGCUACACAUCGGGGUUUGCACAAGUUUAUACCGCGUCAUCAUGACGAGAUUGAAAUCGAGAUAGGCGAUCCCGUCUAUGUGCAAAAGGAGGCCGAUGACUUGUGGUGUGAGGGAGUGAAUUUACGCACCGGACGCCAGGGUAUAUUCCCCUCGGCCUAUGCUGUGGACUUGGAUUACAAUGAGUUCGAUCCCACGGUGCAGCAGGUGAAGAAGGAACGCUAUCUGUUGGGUUAUCUGGGCUCCGUGGAGACUUUGGCGCACAAGGGCACUGGAGUGGUGUGUCAGGCCGUACGUAAGAUAGUGGGUGAAUAUGGUAACUCGCCCACGGGACAGGUGUGUAUACUGGAGAUAUCCGAUCAGGGCUUGCGCAUGGUGGAUCGCUCUGGGCCGAAUAAUAAAAAGGAUAAAAAGCCUUGCAUUGACUACUUCUAUUCGCUUAAGAAUGUCUCUUUUUGUGCAUUUCAUCCAAGGGAUCAUCGUUUCAUUGGCUUUAUAACCAAACAUCCAACAGUGCAGCGUUUCGCAUGUCAUGUCUUUAAGGGCUCCGAAUCAACCAGGCCGGUAGCAGAGGCAGUCGGACGUGCUUUCCAACGUUUCUAUCAGAAAUUCAUUGAGACCGCUUACCCCAUUGAGGACAUUUAUAUUGAAUAAACCAAGCGUUACUUUUCAUAUCGUUUCAGUAUUUAGUAUAUGGAAAGUUAAUACAUACAUCAAUAUAUAUAUAUAUAAAGUAUGUAUAUGUAUAUAAUAAAUAUAUAUAGGUACAAAAAUACUUACUUUCAACUAACCCCCUCUCUUAUGCGUGGACUAGAGUCCUACUUCCCCCAAGAAACAAAAACAAAAAUUACCAACAAAAAAAAAACCAACAAUACCCACAAUAAAAACACACAAAAUCGAAAUGAAUCAAAUAAAAGCAAAGUGCAUACAUGAAAGGGAUUUAUGGCCACAA